ACCUGUUUCUAAACCGUCGCUAGAGAGGGGCAACAAUGCACCUUGAACGCUACAAGACAUUCUAGUACACUAAAGAGUGAGUAACAUUGUUUGUAAUGACAAAGUGUUAUUGACUUGGUGUAUUUUUUAUUUUUUUUAAAUAUUUUAACACGUGACCUAGGAUUAGGAUAUGUCUCACUACUACCCGGGCUACUUUGGGAUGAUCUUAUCUUGACUGGGUGCCUCAAAGUUACACGGAUGUAAUUCCUUAUUACAAGUUUAGAAAAUCGCUUUAAAUGUUAAAACAAAAAUUAUAAACAUUUUGCUCCCAGAAGCAUAGGUGGGUAAGGAUACGUCAUAAUGUUUUCAAAGUAAAAAUUGUACGAUGAGUUAAAGGAAAACAAAGCUGUUUUUUUUCCUCCAAAAACUUUAGUUUGACAUUAAUUAAACUAGACGUCGUCCCAAGAUAUCGAGUAGCCCGAUUCCAGCUAAAUUAUUUUGCUGGACUUGCUGCAAGAGCAGCGCGUUCUCCUCAACCUCUGGGACGCGAACCAUUCACAAGGGUCGGCUAAGAUCGUCGGGAAACAUAUAUAUAACUGUAGAGUAUAUAUAUAUACUCUACAGUUAUGAUGCCCCCAACGGAAAUAAUUUUGUGGUUGUUAGUCCCUAUUAUAUGAGGAGCUUUUUUAAAGGAUCGCGGCAUUAGAAAGGUUACGAACCACCGUGCUAGAGGGUUGUGACACGCUACCUGGGACUGAGCGAAGCACAGAGCUACCCAAAGAUGUGACACGCUACCUGGGACUGAGCGAAGCACAGAGCUACCCAAAGAUGUGACACGCUACCUGGGACUGAGCGAAGCACAGAGCUACCCAAAGAUGUGACACGCUACCUGGGACUGAGCGAAGCACAUGUGGCUGUCCCAGAAUCUGUACAUUUGAAGCCGCUUUAAUUUUUCUGCCCCCCCCCCCGCAGCGCCUUGAAUAAACCUACAACAGACAGAAGAACAGACGGACGGACAGAAAGACAGACAAACAUAAACACUCACACACACCCGCGCACACAUACAUCCAGUGGUAGGAAAAGUGAUAGUACAUAUAAGAGAGGGGGUCGAGUCAAACUCUGGUAUAUGUUAUGAAUUUCAAGGGACAGAGGUCAUGCUCAACAUUGUAUAGCAAUACAUCUCCUUGUCUAGGCCAACCUUGUGUUGCUUUACUCGGGGCCACCACGAUAAAACGACCGAUUUAUGGAACAGCCUUUAAGACUUCGGGAAAUUCCGUUGUUACUUUAAGUUCUGACUGCAAGUGAUUCAUUUUCCAGCUAAUGAAAUAACAGAUAUUGACGUCAUCUGUUUAAAUUAAGCUAACUAGAUGUAGCCCGCCAAACAUUGGCAACAGCAAUGCGUGAACUUCCCAUCUACUAGUGUUACUUGAAAAAACGGUGAAGUCAAGUUACGCACAUUAAAGAAUGCCAAUUUUGCUACAGCCCCCCCCCCCACUUUUUUCAUGAUACGUCACGGCACACUUUUUAUAUCACGCCGACCCGCAGCUUAGCAUACGCCGCGAGCUUUGCUGACAAGCGAGGGUGGUGCAGGUGGGGGGGUGGUAGCUCCACCGCAGUGCGCAUGUCUCUCUCGAGACCAACGAUGGGCAGGCAAGGGAAGGGAGGGGAGGGUUAGCCUGUGUCUUGCUUGCUCUGGUGUAUCUAUAUAUAGCCUGCGUGGUCUUCUUGUUUGGCCUUCUUCUGGCGAAUUAUAAGUAUAGAUAGAGAAAUGCUGGAUCAUGUUAAGCGUAGAUGAGUUGAACAAGACACUAACAAUGAUUUUAAAACUAGUGGUUGGGGCUUAAACUAUUUCUCGGUGAAUUUGACGGCAGAUUAACACUGUGGACUUUUUGUGUUAUAAAUAUUUUAUUUAUUUUUAGAAGCUUAUAGUUUAAAACUUCAGUAUUUUUAUUAUUAUAAUUUUUUUUCUGGGGCGGGGGGGUGUUGGGGUUUGGGGGGGGGGGUAUUUAAAUUUAUUCUUUUUCCUGGCAUAUUUAUUUUGUGUAAUUUUGAUUUAAAAUCAAAUAAUUGCGUUUGCAUCGAAAUAACUUUAAAAAAUAAAAAUAUUUAUUUUUAGAAGCUUAUAGUUUAAAACUUCAGUAUUUUUAUUAUUAUAAUUUUUUUUCUGGGGCGGGGGGGUGUUGGGGUUUGGGGGGGGGGGUAUAUAAAAUUACUCUUUUUACUGGCAUAUUUAAUUUGUGUAAAUUUGAUUUAAAAUCGAAUAAAUGCGUCUGCAUCGCAAUAACUUUAAAAAAUAAAAAACACUUAACUUUGUAAUGCAACUAGGCCACGAAGUUUAAAAUCAGAAAUACACUAAUGAAAUCAAGGACAAUGACAGUUAUGACUUAAAAGACAAUACCAGGUCAGUCUGUAAAGUAAAGACUUCUAAUGAAUUUGAUUAAAAUAAAUUAAAUCAUUUUUGAUUAGUUUCUUACGUAAGAAGGUGAAGUAAAUUUAAAAAAAAAAUAUCUCACAAUGAACCCAAUUUGUUUUGUUUCUCCAUAGAACUUUAGCUACUAGAAUGACAGAUAAGGCAAAAGAUCUUGACCUACUUCUCAUUGGAAAAACUGGCAAUGGUAAAAGUGCAACAGGGAACACAAUUCUUGGAAGACGAUGCUUCAACAGUUCCCCAAACACAAAAUCAACCACCAAAAAUGUCCAGUUCGAUUACUCUGACCACAACGGUCGAACCAUCAAAGUCGUAGAUGGUCCAGGUAUCGGAGACACUGACCUGAGCAAGGAGGACGCCCUGACUCAAAGCACCGAUGCCUUGAGCUACGCCAUAGCCGCCAAUCCCGAAGGCUUCCACGCGUUUCUUCUGGUCGUUCGUUUCGGUGGCAGAUUCACAGCUGAAGACGUUCAGACGAUCCAGGUGCUGAAGCAAAUUUUCGGUGAAGGAUUUGUCCGGAGUUUCUGCAUUCUCGUUCUGACAUAUUGCGAUAACUUUGACCCUGAAGAGUCGGAAAUUGAUUCACUCUCCGACUGGGUAACCGCUCAAGAAGGCGAAUUUAAGUUUUUGUCGGAAGAAUGCGGUGGCAGAAUUGUUUUCUUCGACAACAAAUGCAAGGACGAGGUCAAACGUUUGGCGCAGGUUGACCAGCUGAUAAAAACAGUUGACCAGCUCAGCGUUCUCGGAAUGAGAUACUCGGAUGAUCACUUUAAAAUGGCCCAGCACAAACGAGAUCAGAUGAUCGUGGAGGCCAAAUUGCCCAUGAUCCGAGAAGAGACCAUGAAAGAGGCCGGUCUCAUCCUACAGGCACUGGGCAGUGUUCAGCUGAACGAUCCGGAGAAACAGAUCCAGCUGCUCAAAGGACUGAAAUCGAGAGCGGAAACUUUGUGUAAACAAAUCAAAGAGCAGGACAAGAACUCCAGAGUCCUUACAGCAUUGAUUGAAAGCAGCGAGCACAUUCUGAAGUGCGUCGAGCAUCAGAUCUCAGCCGCCGAGGACGCCAAAAGAAUUCACGACACGAGAGAGAAGCAGAUGCGGAAACUCGACGAGCUGAGAGCUGAGAGAGAUCGAGAAUUCAAAGAAAGCAUGGACAAACAUCGCGCGGAGCUAGAGAAACAAAUCCAAGAGAUUGACAGAGAAGACAGAGAAAGACAGGAGGAGCUGGGCAUGAUUACUGAGCGACUGAAGGCGGACACUAACGUAGUCCAAACUCAUUACACAGACGCCAAGGAGAUCUCAACCUGGGAAUGCAUUAAGACAAUCGGGUCAAGGCUAUUGACUCAUGUAGCGCCUGUGGUGUUAACAUUACUUCGUAAGGUGAUAUUUAAAUUUUAAACUCAAUAAAAUGUACCUCAAGGCAAUUGCAAGCAUUAAUUUUGGCUUGUCCACCUUUUCCAUGUGCAUCUAAACACUUUUUACGACCGCCCACCCCCUUCUCUUUUUGUCCUUACGCCACAUGGUUUUGUAAUAAUGAGGUUAAAUACUUAGAUGAGCGGUUCUCAACCAGUCGGUCGCGACCCCUUUGAGUAUCAAACGACCCUUAUACAGGGUCUAAGACCUAAGACUACUUCCCUAUAACCUGAUUUGUUAUAUUUUUUUUAAAUUUCAUCAAAGCGUUUGUAAAUGUUAUAUAAUAGUUCAUGUUUCCGUUGGCCCAUUUCAUUUGAGGCCCACGGAUACUACUUCCAAGCUAAGUGCUAUUUCUUAUUUUUUACUUUCAUACCGUUUUUUCUGUUGUUUCGUUCGUUGACGAAGGCUUUCUGCCGACACGUUCAUUGUUCUGUUACGUUUCUUUUUUUCAGGUUUAACCCUACUCUGUUUUACUCAUUUCACGUUGGUGCUAUUGCAGUAUUUCGAGACAUCAUCCACUCGUUAUUUCAGUUCGAAAGGAAAUCAAAAGGGGGAAGUUGGUUAUUCUAUUUAUAGAUGCUUGGAGAUUAACCUCGAUUUGAAAAACAGGAUGCGUUUAUAUUGCUCAGAGCAGUUCUAAUAGAUGUGCUUCAAAGCGCUUAUAUUUUUUAAUUUUUAAAAAAAUAUUGUAGAUCAUGUAUUAUUGAAUUUUAAAUGUUCUUAAGAAUUCAGUUUGUUGUUCCUUUGUUGCAGAAUCUUCUUUUCAAACUUAAUAUUAAAAAUUAAGAAAACAAUUUAAAAA